UACUCCUUCCACAAGCUCCAGCAUAGGGCAAUAGCUAUGGCUUCUUCAUCUUCAACUCCAAUGCCACAAAACCCACAACUCUUCGACCUCGUAAUCCUUGGAGCAUCAGGCUUCACAGGCAAGCACGUCCUCAAACAAGCCCUCAAAUUCCUCAAAGCCCCAUCCUCGCCGCUCCGCUCCAUAGCCUUAGCGGGCCGAAGCCCAUCUAACCUCUCCCGGGCCAUCCAAUGGGCUUCCAGGCCCAACUCCCCGCCCACCGACAUCCCCCUCCUCACGGCCGACACCUCCGACCCGGACUCCCUCCGCGCAGUCUGUUCCCGCACCCGCCUCCUCCUCAACUGCGUUGGUCCCUUCCGCCGCCACGGGGAUCCCGUCGUGGCGGCAUGCGCCGCCUCCGGGUGCGACUACCUGGACAUCACCGGCGAGGCGGAGUUCAUGGAGCGGAUGGAGGCGAGGUACCACGAGAGUGCCGUGGAGUCCGGGUCACUGGUGGUGUGCGCGUGCGGGUUUGACUCGGUGCCGGCUGAGUUGGGAGUGCUGUUCAACUCGGUGCAGUGGGUUGGUGAGAGCUCGCCGUACAGGGUGGUUGGUUACCUUACCGCGGAAUCGGAGAGGAGAAUCGUUGGGAACUUCGGAACCUUCGAAUCUGCUGUUCUUGCGGUGGAGAGUGUUAAGGAUUUGGAGGACUUGAGACGGUCCACGCCCGCGCGAACCAGGCCCGCGAUUCCUGGACCACCUCCUAAAGGAGCACUAAUAGAACACCAGAAGAAAAUUGGCCUCUGGGGAGUAGUGCUACCAUCAGCGGAUUCAACCCUCGUUGGAAGAACAUUUUCAACUCUAACUGAAAACCCUUACGGUCUCCCUGGGAGAAAUGAGACUGCCGAGAUGGUUGAGAAAAGGAAAGCCUUCUGGUCAUCUGUGAAGCCUACUCAUUUCGAAGUAAAACUCGGCUCAAAACAUUUAUUGAGCAUUUUUGUGUAUAUUAUCAUUGGAAUUUUCAUUGGCCUUUUAGGAAAAACAUCAUUCGGAAGAUGGCUUCUUUUGAAAUAUCCUUCUGUAUUUACAUUCGGUGGGUUCAGUAAGAAUGGUCCGUCGGAAGAGGAGGUGGAAAGCGCCUCGUUCAAGAUGUGGUUUGUUGGACAUGGAUAUAGCAAGAAGAAUGUUGCCACAGAGAGAAACAGAAAACCUGACAUGGAAAUCAUAACAAGAGUAAUGGGACCUGAAAUGGGUUAUGUAACCACCCCAAUAAUUCUCAUUCAGUGUGCACUCGUUCUUCUAAGCCAACGAGACAACCUACCAAAGGGAGGAGUUUACACCCCAGGGAUUGUGUUUGGUGCAACUGAUCUUAGGGAUAGACUUCAACAAAAUGGAUUGUCAUUUGAUGUCAUCACGAAAAGCAAACUUUCUUCUUGACUGAUAAUAGUCAUAUCCUUUUUGGUUGGAAAAGAAUACUGGAUGGAUAAGAAAACUGAAUUGUAGCAGACCGAGUUAUUCAAGUUUAUAUCUGGGGUGAGUUCUGUUUCGAUCCUACUAUUGCACUUAUUUGUGAGACUGACUGAAUCUUUGUGGAGCUGUUUGAAUUUUUCUUUUGGCUACUGCUGGGUGUCUUAGAACUGUAGAACAUUUUCUCAAAAUUAGUUUUUCUAAUUUAUGUAUCCGAUUCCAUAGGGUGGAAUAUGCUUUGUUGUCAUAGGUCUGAAAACUAGUUUUUCUCGAUAUGUAAAGAGGAAGAGGGCUAAAUCUUUGUGAUUUUGUAGUCUAUGACAAUAUUUCGUGUAUUUGGUUGGAACAGCAUAGUCAGAGACUUUUAGCUUCGAGACAUUUGCUUC